AUGGUCGUGAAUGGGCAGAACGGAUGGGGAGUGACUUACACUUCCCCUCACAUCUGUGCCUUGAAAGGAUCAACUGUGGACAUAAGCUGCACCUACACAUACCCAACCAGAAUAAACGGCCAUGUUACUACGGUUGAGAAAACAUUUUGGUUCAUUGAACUGCAAGACAAAGAAGCUGUGGAUCUCAGAGCAGAUGCAGAGUUGGCAGGUCGUGUACAGUAUCUUUGUGGUAGAAACAGCUGCACUCUGCAAAUCACAGACCUGAGAAACAGCGACUCAGCUGUGUACAAGUUCAUGUUCAUAACAAACCAACAAGAUGGAAAUUAUACUGAUCAACUUGGAGUCAUUUUAUCUGUCAAAGAUCUACAGGUGCAGACAAGUGAAUCAUCGCUGUGCAAGAUCGAUCCUUGUACAUGGUCAGAGUUGACGUGUCACGGCAGCUGUCAACCUCUUUAUGCUUCCUACAUCUGGUACAUGAAUGGGAAGAAGAUCCGGGAAGAAGCAUUUUAUAGUGACUACUUUUAUUCUAAAGACAGCGUUGCCUGUGCUGUAGGAGGAUAUGAGACUUUCUCCUCUCCUUCAGUGUGUAUCUAUGGUAAUUCAUGCAACAAAGUGGUGUACACUGAGAGAAGCAUCUGUGCCUUCAGAGGCUCAUCAGUGGACAUUUCUUGUACGUUCAGUCAAUAUGUUCAGUAUUGGGCUGAAGAGAAAUUCUGGUUCCGUGUGGCACCUCAGUGGCAGAGAUCAAAAUCCCCUCUGGACCUUAGAAAAGACUCCCAGUAUGCACAGCAUACUCAUCUCCUUGAAAAAGACAGAGGAGGCUCCAUUCUGAGAAUCAGCGACCUGAAAGACACUGAUUCAGCAGAAUAUCGCUUCACAUUCAAAGCAUCGAGGUUUGAGUGGGGGAUUGAUUUACCUGGAACCACUCUGACUGUCACAGUCCCACAUAUACAGGUGCAGGUGAUCUGGUCUUCCACUGGUCCAAAGCUGAUUUGUCACAGCAACUGUUUUCCUCCUGGUCAUUCGACCUUCGUCUGGUACAAGAAUGAAACAAGAAUUCAGGAAGAAACCUUUUAUUCUUACAGGAAACACAUUGAUCCAGCUGGUCAUUAUUCCUGCGCCUACAAGGGUCACCGCUCUCUUCCAGUGUAUGCUCCAAAGGUUCCCUUAGUGUUGAUGAGUUCCUCAGGUGAAAUUAUGAGGGGAAGUUCAGUGACUCUGACCUGCAGCAGUGAUGCUAACCCAGCAGCUACUUACACCUGGUACAAGGAGAACCAAACACUGCUCCAUAAAGAAACACAGCUCAUCUUGAGCUCCAUCCAGUCCUCAGACUCCGGAGAGUAUUACUGUACAGCUGAGAAUGAGCUUGGGCAGAUGGCAUCUAAAUAUAUCUUCGUUAAUGUAAAAUAUGGUCCAGAAAUCUCCUCUUUGUCAGUGAGUACCUCUGCUAAGAUAGUGGAGGGAAGUUCAGUGAAUCUGACCUGCAGCAGUGAUGCUAACCCAGCAGCUACUUACACCUGGUUCAAGGAGAACCAAACACUGCUUCAAGGACGAGAACAUAUUUAUCAUUUCACUUCCAUCAGCUCUGAGGACAGAGGGACCUACUACUGCAAGUCUGAGAAUCUUUAUGGAGAGAUCAACUCUACAUCUCUGUUCUUAGAUGUCCAAUAUGCUCCAAAGCUUCCCUCUGUGUCAGUGAGUCCAUCUGGUGAGAUAGUGGAGGGAAGUUUAGUGAAUCUGACCUGCAGCAGUGAUGCUAACCCAGCAGCUACUUACACCUGGUACAAGGAGGAUGAAGACUCACCACUUCAUUCAGAACAGACCUUCACCAUCACCGACUUUAAAGCUGAACACAGUGGGAAUUAUUACUGUGAAGCUCAGAACGCAAGAGGACGUCAUAACUCCACCUCGCAUUCAACUUUUGUGGCAGGCUCUGGGAAAUCAGCGGCUUUUGGAUCAGUCAUCUCUGUCCUGCUGGCUGUCACACUCAUCACUGUCCUGCUUUGGAUUAGAAGGAAUAAGUGCUUCGCACAGCAAUGUGAGGGUGAAGAGAGACAUGCCAACAGAGCACUGCUACCUUCAGGUCAGCUGAAUGAUGUCCCGUCAGCAGAAAGACCACCGACAGAACAGCAGGAAGAGCUCCACUACAGCAGCAUCUGCUUCUCUCAGACGCACACAGAUGUUCUGUACUCCAACAUCAGGCGGGUUCAGCCUCAGAGACACGCUGAGGAAGACGAGGAGGAAGAAGAUGCUGUUGAAUACACUGAUAUAAAAGUUGACAGUUCGAGCAGAUCGUCAGGAACAAGAUGUCAUGAGAAUGCACAAGAUGUGUUUGCACUGCACAGUACAGUGAACAAAAAUUAUGUGAACACAACAUGAAUGUGUGGUUUGUUGUUCAUACAUGGAUUUUAUAGCCACGCUGAAGUUGACAGCUAAUUAACAAAAGUGUCGAGGCCACCAUUUGUUCAGGUUCCUUUGGCAACAGCCGCAGAUUUGAGCGUUUUUGGUUCAGUUUCUACAACCAAAGCUCGAUUUGAUCAGUUUGUCACAGUCUUUCUUUGAGAUCCUCUGAGGCCUUGUCCACAAGUAGCAGGGUUUUUGUAAAACCGAAUAUCCUGCCCCCUCCCUCUAGAAAAAAACUUACGUACACACCACCUCGUUUUUAGAAAAAAACUUCAUCCACACCUAACCGCAUAAGUGCGUUUUUCAGCACAUUCAUAAGCAUGCCGGACCUUUAGGUGGCAGUAGUUCCCCAAAUCCUAUCCAAUCAGAGUAAGAAUAACCGUCCUUAACGUCGUCCUUCGCCUGUGUUGUUGAAUGUGGAGCAGUAUCUGGGCUUGUAAAAACAAGCAAGUAAAAAGCGCCUGUACAAGAAACAGCAUCCAAAACCUUGUGAGAGCAUCCAUACUGUUACCGAAUGUAAACACAGGUCGCAUAUGUGACGUAGGAACAUAUUUUGUCGCAGGCGGUGACGUUUCGAAAUGCAAAACCCCGGUUACUGAUGUCCACAUGCAGACGCAUAAAACGGAGAAUUCGCAAAUCUUCACUUUGGUCAGAAUUUUUAAAAAGAAUCGUUUUUGAUGACGUAAAUCUGCGUUUUCGUGUGGAUGAUAGGCCGAAUCGUAGAAAAAUAUCUUCGUUUUGUGAGAUACCCGGCUACGUGUGGACAAGGCCUCAGACUCUGUCACAGUCAUUAGGAAGCAUCUGAACAUCUCUUAACAAAUGUUGUGUUUGGUUUAAGUCUGGUCAGACACUUCUUCUAAAGAAACAGUUUUAUCCUCCUGCCUUGAGAUAAGCUUCGCCACGGUUUCAUCACAGAGAUCUCCAGAAAGUUCUUUGUGCUUCAGAACUUGACCCUAAAGACAAACGCAUCAGUCAGUUUACCACACAUGGAGUCCAGUCAGGUUCUAAACACAUCUCAGGGGCAGUUCAAUCAAACCUUACACAAAAGUCUGAAUGCUUUUGAAGAUUAGUAAUUUAGAUUUUCUAAAAUUUUCUGAAUGAAAUUACAAACACAUUUUUAAAACAUGUUUUCUCUUCGUCAUAUGGAGUUAUUACAUGUAGAAUAAUCUAUUUAUCUCUUAAAAAGCUACGAUACAAUAAAACUUGCAAAUAGUGAAGUUUUUCUCUGGUAUCUACUUAUGCAAAUUGCUUGGAUUUUAAUUUUUUUUUCUACUUAGACAGCUACCAUUGAAAGUUUUCCUUUGGCUUUAUAAUCUGAGUAAUUUUUCUGUUGGGGUGCCCAAAGUUAUGCACCUGCCUACUUUUGUGUAAAUAAUUAUUGCAAACUUUCUGUAAAUCCUAUAAACUUCAUUUCAUUUCUCAAAUAUCACUGUGUUCGUCUGCUAUGUGAUAUAUUUAACUGAAAUUGCUGAUCCGAACAACCAGUAAUUUAUAAAGGAAAGUAUUGAAAAUUAUCAGGGGUGCCCAAACUUUUCCAUACCACUGUAUGUGAUCUCCCCACCUCUGCAGCUCUGUUUGCAGCUCUUCUACUUCUUGACUACAUUUCUUAGGAUCUUCUCCAACAAACACCGAUCCUUUUCCCCCACAGUGUUCUGCCACAGUUUCAUGAAGUCUUUGUGAAGGGACAGCUCUGGAAGAAUUGCACGUCCAUGGGAUCUGCAGAUAUAUACUUUUGUUAUUGAGCAAUUCAGUGCUUAAUCACAGUAUUGAACACUUUUUGUUCUAAAUACAGUAAUAACUGACCUGACUUCAGAGGCAGCAUCCAGGGACAUCUUGCUGACAGCAGUGAGGAAGCUCUGGCUGAAGCUCUGCCAUGCUGUCAGGACUGCAGCUGCUCCCAGUCUGUCAGCCAGCAGGUGGAGCUGCUGAGCAGUGCUGGUCCUCACUGCAGCACUCAGGUGACUGAGGAAAAACAAAGAAAAAACAAAUCCA